AUGAAGCUUCAGUUGUUAUGGCUUGCUUUGGUAUUCAUUGCCGUUGAAACUAAUGCAGCGAAGCAAGGAAAGAAUGCAACAAUCCCUGCACUAAUAGUUUUUGGAGAUUCAAUUAUGGAUACUGGUAAUAACAAUAGACUCCCAACUCUUUUGAAGUGCAAUUUUCCUCCCUAUGGCAAGGAUUUUCCGGGCGGCUUGGCCACGGGAAGAUUUUCUGAUGGAAGAGUUCCCUCUGAUCUCAUUGCGGAAAAGUUGGGAAUAGCCAAGUCACUACCAGCAUUUAUGAACCCGAAUUUGAAGCCCCAAGAUCUUCUCAAGGGUGUAACAUUUGCAUCUGGAGGAACUGGUUACGAUCCAUUAACGGCUAAGAUUAUGGAAUUACAUAAGCUUGGAGCUAAGAAAAUCGGAGUGUUUAGCGCAGUGCCGGUUGGAUGUGUACCACUUCAAAGAACAGUGUUUGGAGGAAUGUUUACAAGAGGAUGUGUUAAACCUUUAAACGACAUGGCAAAACAAUUCAACGCAAGGCUUUCACCAGCACUAGAAUCUUUAGAUAAAGAGUUGGACGGUGUUAUCCUCUACAUUAAUGUUUAUGAUACUCUUUUCAACAUGAUCCAACAUCCUUCAAAAUACGGUUUUGAGGUAGCUGAUAGAGGAUGUUGCGGUAGAGGCUCUCUCGCAAUAUCUUACAUGUGUAACUCAUUGAAUCCAUUCACAUGUUCUAAUUCUUCGGCCUAUAUAUUUUGGGAUAGCUACCACCCAACUGAGAGAGCUUAUCAAGUUAUGGUUGACAACUUGCUUGACAAAUAUUUAAGCAAAAUCUAUUGA